GUUUGUACUGAGAGACAAGGAGAUGGAUUUGUGGAUGAUGAUAUAUUUUUCGUUCGUUGGGGAACCAAAACCUGAAUGUUUGAUUUUCCAGGAGCAACUUUGAAGAAAAUGGAAAAAGAGAAGGGCAUAGUUUCACGAUUUGUCAUUGGAAGAAGUGCGGACCGUGGGGACAAUUUGGACAGGAGCGUUGAUGAUGAAAAUAGGCAAACAAAUGACUUUAUGAUUCUUGAUCAAGUGGAAGCACCUGGGGAGCUUCCAAAAAAGGCCAAAAUGUUUUUUGCUCUUGCUGCAGACAGAUGGAAUGCUGAUUUUUAUGCAAAAGUCAACAAUGAUGUUUAUGUAAAUAUCGAUGCCUUUGGAGCUACACUUACAUCUCAUCUCGACAAAGCUCGUGUUUAUAUUUUUUUUUUUGGGAUAAAUUUGAAUUUAUUACCCAAGAGCAGAACCUGCUCAAAUUUACAUAGUUCUUAG